GCUGUGGGUAGCGAGUUAUAAGUGAAGUGGGAGAUUAACGGUGGUGGGAAUGCUUGCUCAUGGGUGUCGGGCGGCAAGCAAGGGAUGCAAGUUCAGGCUCGGUGGUGGACGUGCAGUUGAGUCGGGUUGUGGCAGUUGCUCUCAGUGUCGCUCAAGUCGCGGCGCGCGGUGGUCGUGCGUCGAGCGCGUGUGGAGUGAUGUCUGCGAGAUGAGGCUCUCGCUGGUGCUUCUGUGGUUGGGUGCGGCGGCGGCAUGCGGCCCGGGCCGCGGUUUCAACCGUCGCCACGGACCGCGCCGCAUCACCCCCCUUGUCUUUGGCCAGCACGAUCCGAAUGUUAGCGAAAAUAAGAACACCGCCAGUGGUCCUCCCGAGGGCCGCAUCACCAGAGAUGACGAGAGAUUUAAAGACUUAGUGCCUAAUUAUAAUCCGGAUAUAGACUUUAGGGACGACGAAGGCACUGGCGCUGAUCGUCUAAUGACUCAGAGAUGCAAGGAGAAAUUAAACACUCUCGCAAUCAGCGUUAUGAACCAGUGGCCGGGAGUGCGGCUCCGUGUGAUCGAAGGUUGGGACGAAGAGAAUAAUCAUCUAGACAAGUCUCUCCACUACGAGGGUCGGGCUGUGGACUUAACCACCAGUGACCGAGACCGCAGCAAAUACGGUAUGCUGGCCCGCCUCGCUGUCGAAGCCGGCUUUGACUGGGUCUUCUAUGAAAGCCGGUCUUACAUUCAUUGUUCUGUUAAAACAGAAUCAUCUGUGGGAACUGGUGCUGGCUGUUUCCCUGGCGGCUCCGUAGUUCACACUGAGAAAGGACCGAAGGAUAUAGCUGCCUUGCAGAAGGGAGACAAGGUCUUAGCAGCUGAUGAUAAUGGCAUGAUGAUUUAUUCUAAGGUGCUAACAUUCAUCGAUCGUGAUCCUAAUGCAACUCGACAGUUCAUCGAGAUAACUGCGGAGAAUGGUGUUGCGAUCACAACGACGCCCUCACAUUUGCUCCUUCUCGCUGCAGCUGACGGUUGGCGCGAUGUCUUUGCAGCUAACAUCAAAGAGGGAGACGUACUAUUGACAAGAGGUCGAAGUGAUGUUAUGAGGCCCUCGAGAGUAACGAGAACUCGUAUCCUCACGAAACGAGGUGUUUUUGCCCCGCUUACCAAAGCCGGCACUAUCAUAGUGGAUGACGUUCUGGCGUCAUGCUACGCGCUAGUACGCAGUCAUUCGCUUGCGCAUGUUGCGAUGGCACCAUUGCGAUGGCUUUCCAGUUGGAGCACUUCUUCAGAAACGACCAAAGGCGUCCACUGGUACGCGAGCGCGCUUUACUCUUUCGGCGACUACGUAUUACCAGCAUCGUAUAGAUAUCGAUAAGUUUUGAAGAAUUAAUAUACAAUUUUCAUAUAUACGUCGCAGGUCCGUUUAGAUUUAUCUGUGAAAAUUUAUAUUAAUUCAAGAAAAUAGAAGGAGUAGGAAAGGGCGCGCAGGACGUGCAAAGGACACAUGUAAAUAUAUUAUUGAAAUAGACAGUGUACAUAUAAACACAAAUGCGACAUCAUAGAUAGUGUAAAUAUCACUUGUGGACAUUUGAACGUUUAGCUAUAUAAUAAAAUCGACAACGAUCGCAGCUUACCCUCCCGUAAGAAUUUAUUUAUUAAGUAAUUUUUAAGAUCAUUAUUAUGCAAAUUACGCAUUAAUCGAUUAACAAUACGUAUAUUUGUAAAUUGUGUCGGUAUUGUUAUUCUGCACAAUGCAGAAAUACUUUAAUGUAUGCGCUUAUGUUUUUUUUUUAAGAAACCGUAUUAUUAUAAUUAUUAUUAGUUUCACUUUCUCGGUGAAUCGAAAAGAUCCAAUUGAGUAGACCUUGUUCUAGAAAAGGUUUCAAUGUUAUUGUCUUGUCGGGACACACGACGUUCGGUCGCAACCAGACAUUCCAUGACUCUAAUCUUUUACCAACAUACACAAAUUGUUAAUGAAAUUGUGAUUUUGGUACCUAAAACAGUGCCUUAAGUUUUUUAUUUAUUCUUAAUUAUAAGCUAGGUGUCUAUUUAUGAACUGACGAAAUUAUUUAGAUCUAACUUAUUCUUUUUUUUUGUUGACUUUCUAAAGCCUAUUUAUUCCUUAUGUUGUGGUUUGAUUUUUUCUCAAUCUUCCUUAAUUUUUAUUCUCUAUCUUCAGAUUGUUUUUCUAAAUGAAAAACUUGAUCAUGUUUUGUUUAAAUGUAUUUCACUCAGCGUAGUGAUUAAAUCAAUACAAUAUUUUAAUUUAAAAGUAAUAGAUCUAUCUAAAAAAGUUGAUGUUUAAAUUUUGUGUAAGUAUAUAUUUAAAAACAACGUGAAUAUCUUAUUUUUAAUUUAGAGUCCUCAACUGUUGCAAGAUAGUGUGAACUGAAAUGCUAAUAAUAAAAAUUAAGGUUAUUGUUCCUUCAAGCGUAUAUACAACAUUCAUAGAUCCCCUAAGCAGUAUUUAAUGAACGUGUAUUAUUAAGUGACCUGUUGUAAGCGUCAUCGUCCUGCAUGUAGAUCAUGUUUUUAUGAUCGUGUACUGAUGUAUCGGUUCCUAUAGAAUGAAUUUAAAGGACUGUAAUUAGAUUGCAACAGCAACAGCAAUCACUAGGAAUAAUUUGUAGAAUAUAUGUACUUUACAUUGUAUUUAUUACAAUCGUUUCAAUACGUGACUAAUGUUUCAUUUAAGUAGCAUAUUAUGCUGUAUAGACACUAACAACUACUGUAAAUUAGGUGCUUAAACAUUAUUUAUCUGAGAGAGCUUUAAGUAUUAAGUAUUUGACAAAAGAUGCCGUGUUGCCAUAGCCUUUGCCAUAUUAAUGUAAGGGAUAAACAGUUUUCCAUUCACUUAAAAUUAUAAAAACUUAUUGCACAACUACGCACAAAAUUGUUUGACUAGCGCUGUUUUAAUUUAGAAUGUUCCUAGUGAACAUGAAACAGUUUUUCCCUCUAAAAUGUAAUUGAAGGUAAAUUUAGGUAAAUUUUUUUAUUAGGUCAAACCUUUUAAUUUACCUAUUUAGUGUAAGAACAUUGUACUUACAAAGAAUUACUUUAACUAUUUGUGAAAUCGAAUUUCAGUAUUAUCAUUAAGUAAGCUGUUUUGAAUCAUCAAAACAAUAUGUUUAUUACUUUUACUGACCCUCUGUGAACGUCUAAUUUUUAUAGCGUAGUAUUUAGCUCUUAAUAUUGUAUGUACUCCCAUUUGAUUACAGUAUAAAUAAACUACCCAGAUGUUUGUCAAUGAAGUUAUCAAAUGUCUCGUCAUUAAGAAAUGCAUGUGGUUUAUAAAUGCUCCAACCUAGUUUCUGAAUACGAACAGAACCAUCGGUUUGAAAACUAGUUCAAACUGUUUAUUUUUGUUCUAAAGAAAGAAGUUGAUUUUGAAGAAACGCAGUUAAAAUUUGACACCAAAAAUUCAGGUUGAGAAACAUACAACUGCUGUUACUUUUAAUUCGAAAAUUUAGAUUGAAAAUUAACCUAGCUUAUUUCUUCGUGUUAAAUACACAGAUCACACGAAAGUCUUAAAGUGGGCAGUGGCUUUCAAGCUUCGGUGUCUAUAGACUAUUACCCCUAGGUCGUGAUCUAGAAGGCGAAUCUAAAACCACAUUGAAAUAAUAACAAAGGAGGAAUAACCUUGUGAAAAAUGUAUGAUUCGAUGUAAAAUUAUUGAACAAUAUUAAUUUAUUAGCUUUUCGUUUAUUAGCUCUCAGUUUCUGUGAGUAGGUACUUUGUAAACUUAUUUAAUCGUCGAUUCGUGUAAUUAUUUUUAGACAUUCUUAUAAAGAAAAAAAGCAGUCGUCUGGGAUGUACGAAGUAUUAGUUAGAAUUUCUGUCGUGUUUACAAAAUGUAUUAUUACAUAUAAAUAAAAUGUUGGCUUUGUGGACGAAA